UAGCUCUUGGUCCCACACAUGGCUUUGAGAUCACGUGACUAACGUAGUCUCGGCUUGGGCUGUUUCCGUCCACAAAAUGGCAGCUCCCACAUCAUCGGUUGCUAUAGCCGCUGCGAACGGGGAUAUCAUGGCAGUGAAACAACUUAUUGUCCAUGGUGCUAAUGUCAAUGAGCGAUCUAAGGACGGCAUGACCCCACUUGCAAUAGCUGCCUUCUGGGGAUAUGCAGAAAUAGUCAAGUUACUACUAGAAAAUGGCGCAGAAUGUAAUCAGUGCAACAGAGGAACACUUUGGACACCACUACAUUGUGCAACUUUUCAAGGUCAUGGAAAAGUUAUUAUGCAUCUCUUGGAUUAUCCUGUUGAUAUGCUUGCCAAAGACUCCCAAGGAAGGACACCAGUAGAUUUUGCUUCUGCCAUUGAUGCCAUCUGGCCAUUUUUUGAAGUUGCUGGAUGCAGGCAGACAUCCAAAGCUGAUCUCAUAAAAAUGGAUAUUAUUAAAAAGAUUUUGCCAACUGAUCCCUUCCCCAUUAAGACAGAUCUACUGAGCUUAACACAACCAGGGUCAGCUUAUGUCUUCAACACCGACUCUCUUCUUAACAAUAGGAGCGACACCACAAAGGCAAUGGCAGCAGCUGCAGGUGAUGUGCUGGCUGGGGAUGAAGAUGUUCAUAAUGUCUACAGCAAACCGUACUCAGGCAUGUCCAUCUGGCACAGCUGACCAUGCCAAACCUCACUUAACGGAUUUACUUAUUAUGAAUUUUUCAACAAAUUUUGCAGGAACCAUGUGCAGAUUAAUAAUAAUAAUCCUAAGAAACAUUUCUAUAGCCAAUAGCACUUACAGAAAUGACAUACAGACUGAAUCACUAACAACCACAAAACAGAUAUGUUCGCGUUAACCAUAGAUACCCGCCCUACGCGAAGUAAAUUACAGAAAACAUUAUACAGGGUCACUCGCUGUUCAGAAAAAGAUGUGGACUUAAAAGUGGCAAGAGAAUUAGAGGCAGACAGUUAAUCUGUUUCAAGUUGAAGGACCCUGGUAAGAGAAAGACCUCUGGCCACAUAUCUUUCUUUGCUAGAAGCUUGUUGGGAAAUGAACAAAAAAGUGAAUGUAUAGGUGGCAAUCAGGACCAGUGCAAGAAAAAGGAAGUGGGAAGUGUGUAGGCUUUAUGAUUAGCAGCCAGUGAAUAGAGCAAAUGAUGGGUGAUAUAUGUUCACAUCUAGAUGGUCUGCAGAUUUGGCUAACAGCAUUAUUCUGUAUUCUUUGCAGUCUGUCACCUAAAGAGAAUUACAACAGUAAAUCCUUGAGCAUAAAGACUAUACUAUGCAGAGAGUAUUGAAUAAUAAGGAAGUCUUUGAUAAAACACCAAAAGAUUAAAUAUGUAUAUUGAUAAUUGUUACUAGUAUCGUUUGUACCCUUAUGAAAGACGUAUCUUAAUAUAUUGACUAGUGUGUUAUAUUCCCCUUAACUCUGCCUAACAUCAAAACAAUGUCUACUAACCCUAGCCUGUAAAUGCCUUUCUGUAGUCAAAUCAUGGUGUUUGUCUGACCCUUCUGAGCAUCACCUCUUCCAUGAAGUACUAAGCAUUAGCCAUUUUUCUAGACUGCAAACAUCUCAGGGUCUUUCACACACCAACAGUAACAAAAUUGCUGUAUUAACCAGCUUAGCAUGAUCAUUGCAUUCCCAGGAAAUUUUUAUUACUUGUAGUAAGCUUUGUCCUUUCCCAAAAUGUAAAGGUUUUUUGGUGUGAUGAUUACAUCAAAGAAGCAAUAAUAAAAGAUACUUCACCCACUGG